CUUCAAUAUGGCUGCCUCUGUGACCGAUCUUGUGGACCAAGCGUUUCAGCAAAAAAGACACGAAUUAGUACUCACAGGACCAGCUGCCGCUAGCGAAGUAGAGGCAGAUGGAUUAGAUGAAAAGCUAUUCACCAUAACAACGUUGAAUUUUCUAGAAGUUAGUAAAUGUGACCUAAAAAUCGCUAGUGAGAAUUUGUCCAAACUUGUAAAUUUAACUAGCCUCGUCUUACAUAGCAACAAGCUGAGCAGCUUGCCGGAUUCUAUCGGCAAACUCAUAAAAUUAAAACUGCUCGACGUCUCAAGAAAUGAACUGGAAGAAUUGCCAGAGACCCUCGGCUCGCUGGUGCAACUGCAAACUCUUGACGUCGGCAACAACAAACUGGAGUCCCUUCCAGAAAGUAUAUGCGAGUUGAAGAAUCUGGGUCAUUUGGGCAUCUCACACAACUCCUACAAGCAUUUCCCGCCGGUUAUAUGCGACAUCCCCUCCCUCAUGCAGAUAAAAGCUGGUGACAACCAGAUCACCGAUGUACCACCGGAAAUCGAGAACCUUUCUCUACUAAAGUUGCUCGACCUGACGAACAACAGUAUCAAAGUCCUACCGGGCGAGCUUGGAAACUGCGCAAAGCUAAAGCAAGAUCUCCUCAUGACGGGAAACAAGUUGAGCGACAAGCGACUGGAGAAACUCUUCGUGCAGGGUAAAGCUAAAGCGGCGAUCGAGUACGUACGCAAGAAUUGUCCGAAGAUGGCAAAGGCUGGCGCCGCGGGAGCCGGCAAGGAUAAGGAUAAAAAGAAGAGAGGCAAGAAAGGGAAAGACUCGGAUGCUGGUGGAGACGCUCCUAAUCUUCCUACUGUAACGGUGCUCCACUGCAGUGACGACACCAUCAGCGUUAAGAUGACUCCAGCUGCUGGCGAAACAAGGCCCUUCAUCGUAUGCUGCGUGAUCAAGAAUGUUAACUUGGGCAAAGGGAAUAGCUUUAAGACAUUCAUCGCAUUACAGACAAAGAUUCAUGAUACCGUCUGUGCAAAGAGGGCAUCUGCUACCUUAGCAACACAUGACAUGGCAUUGAUCAAGGGCAACGUGACUUACGACGCACGUGAUCCAGAUAAGAUUAAGAUUCAUCCGCUAUUCCAAAAGAGUGACACAACAGCGAAAGAACUGUAUGUUAAACUUCGAAAUGAAGCAGAGGCUCAACGUAGAGAGAAGAAACGAAAUACCUAUUCUGGGAUCCAUAAGUAUCUUUACUUAUUGGCAGGCAAAAGCCAGUUUGCUUUUGUCAUGGAUUCAGAAAAUCGGGUCAUUUCACUACCUCCUUUAACGAAUUCCGAUACCACAAAGAUUUCCCCUGAGACAAAGGACAUUUUCAUUGAAGUGACUAGCAGUGAAGAUGUGGGGUCUUGCAAGAAAGUUGUAGAUGCUCUCUUGUUAGAGAUGCUCAACAAUUUCAUCUUCUCCACUGCUGAGGCCAACAGUAAUGCCACAGAAGAGCCAAGUUGCGAGGAAAGUCCCGCAGAAGAUGGCAGACAUCCCGGUAGUCUAACUGUUGAGCAGGUGCGGAUCUUGGAUCCCGAGGGACAGCUAAAAGUCGUCUACCCGUCACGGAUAGACCUGCAGCUAGAGGGCGUUUCUGUGGUUCGUGACUAUAAGUGACCACAGCAAACGUGAUUUAAAAAAAGAGCUUGUUGUGUUGCUUCAUGUGUGCCGCAGCAAAGAAAUCUUCUGCAGAAAAGAUACCAUGAGUUAUGUAACUCCCUGUGCAUCCUCCUCACUGUUAUCAAUGUGUCGUCAAGAUUUUUAGCUGGUUGAUAACGGGAAUAAGUGCUGGAUUAUUAAGUUUUUUUACAAUACUUAUUAAUCCUAAGCAAAAUUAAGUCAAUUAUGGGAAAUAUACUGCUUUUUAAUUUUACUGUUUGGUUGGCAGUAACUAGUGGUUCCAUUGCUGCAAAUGACAUUAUAUGAAAGGACUUCACAGUAAUGUGCAGCAGUGGCUUGUUAUAGAAAGCAGGUGGUUUGUUAUCAAUCGUUGUUAAAGAUUUUCGAGUAAUUUUCUGACCGGUUGAUUAUAGUACCUUGGCCGUAGCUUUUACCACGCUACUUCUGUAGUGGCCUUAUAUGUUAGUACUUAUGGUGCUUACAUUCUUCCCUCCCUCACCCUUCCCUUAAUUUGGGAAAUUCUUACUAUUUUUCGAACGCUACAAAAAAUUCCCCUGUAAGUGAAUCGAGGAAAACGGAUUGAUUUGUUGCUUGUUAUGCUGCAGCUAUUUAAUGUGUAUGAAACUAGCAGAAAACAUUCAAUAUAAUAAUGUUUAUACGCAUAUAUAAAUA